AUGGAGCUACCAGUACCAUGGAGUUCUCUCAUCGGCGUGGCGCUGUUCCUUGUAGCCGUGCUCCUUCGCCGGCGGCGGUCCAGCUCCAGCAAGUACAUGCUGCCGCCGGGCCCUCGGCCAUGGCCGGUGAUCGGCAACCUGAACCUGAUCGGGCCACUCCCGCACCGCUCAAUGCACGAGCUCUCCACGCGGUACGGGCCACUCAUGUCGCUGCGGUUCGGCUCCUACCCCGUCGUCGUCGGCUCAUCCGUCGACAUGGCGAAAUUCUUCCUCAAGACCCACGACCUGGCGUUCCUCGACCGCCCCGCCGUGGCCUCGGCUAGGCACAUCCUCUACAACGGUUCCGACGUGCUGUGGGCGCCGUACGGUCCGUACUGGCGCCAGGGGCGCAAGCUGUACCAGAACGAGCUCCUCAGCGCGAGCCGGAUCAAAUCGACAGAGCAUAUCCGCAUCGAGGAGGUGCGCUGCAUGCUGCAGGAUGUGUCGGCGGCCGCGUCCCGCGACGGAGGCGCGGUGGUGCGGCUCAGGACCACCCUCUCCAUGGCGAGGUUCAACGUGGUCUCGCGCAUGGCGCUAGGCAGGAAGUACAUCUUCGACGGCGCCGGCUCGCUGAUGCCGCCGGAGGCGUUCCGGUGGAUGAUCCAGGAGUUCUUCUUCCUCAACGGCGUGGUGAACGUCGGGGACGUGAUCCCGUGGCUCAGCUUUCUGGACCUGCAGGGGUACAUCAAGAGGAUGAAGAGACUGAGCAAAAUGAUCGACCCGUUGCUCGAGCACGUCCUGGUCGAGCACAGUGAGCGGCGACGGCGACAGGGCGAGGGCUUUGUGCCGAGGGACAUGGUGGACCGGCUGCUACAGCUGGCUGACGAUGCCAACCUGGAGGCUCCCAUCGAGCGGGAUGGCAUCAAGGCAUUCAUUCUGGACAUCAUCGCCGCUGGCGCGGAUACCUCAGCGGUCGCCACCGAGUGGGCUCUCUCGGAGCUUCUAAGGAAUCCCGAGGCCAUGGCCAAGGCCACGGGCGAGCUGGACCGUGUCGUCGGCGGUGGCAGGCUGGUCACGGAGGAGGACAUCCCGCGCCUCCCGUACCUGGAUGCUGUGGUGAAGGAGACCUUGCGCGUGCACCCGGUCGCGCCGCUGCUCGCGCCCCGGCUGUCCCGCGAGGACACCUCCGUGGGCGCCUACGAUAUCCCGGCCGGCACCCGCGUGUUCGUUAACGUCUGGGCCAUUGCCCGCGACCCUGCUCUGUGGGGGGACGCCUCGGAGGAGUUCCGGCCGGAGCGCUUCGUCGGGAGCGGAGUGGACGUGAAGGGCCACGACUUGGAGUUCCUGCCGUUUGGGUCCGGCCGCCGGAUGUGCCCGGGCCUCGGCCUCGGGAUGAAGAUGGUGCAGCUGAUGCUAGCAAACCUUCUUCAAGCCUUUGCAUGGAGGCUCCCCGACGGCGUGGGUGUGGACGACCUGAGCAUGGAGGAGAAAUUCGGGCUGUCCAUGCCGCGAAUGGUCCCGCUUGAGGCCGUACCUGAGCCCAAGCUCCCUGCUCACUUGUACGAUGGGCCAUGUCCAUGA